ACACAUAUCUUGUAACUUAUAAAUACUCAAAAUAAUAUCAGUUAAUGAUACAGCCAAGUUCCAACGAAAGUGCCAAUGAGAAUCCAAUCUAGCUCCCUAUUUCAUCUUUUCAUUAUAGGUUGUAUAGUACAUGGUAAAGUAUCAUGUCAUGAAGUAACAUUCUAUGUGCAAAAUAAAUGCCCAUUUCCCAUUUGGCCGGCUGUUGCCCCCAACUCUGGCCAGCCGGUGCUAUCAUCCGGUGGAUUUUACCUGCCAUGUGGAAAUACCAGACGCAUUGAUGUUCCUUGGGGUUGGAAUGGUCGUAUUUGGGCUAGAACCGGCUGUGAUUUCACUUCAAAUUGGAAUCAAGCUUGUGAAACGGGUGAUUGUGAUGGACGUUUGGAGUGUAACGGGUUGAUCGGAAAACCACCGGCAACACUUAUCCAAAUUGCGGUACAAGCAGACAAAUCGAAACUCAAUUUCUAUGAUGUAAGUCUUGUGGACGGUUAUAAUCUCCCGGUCACAGUGACCUCCAAGCCCAUGUCAUCCAAAUGCACCAUCUUUGGUUGCCAUAGAGAUCUCAAAACCACAUGUCCCGAAGAAUUACAGGUUGUGAACAAAGAAGGACGAGUCGUGGCAUGCAAGAGUGCUUGCUUAGCGUUUGAUAACGACAGGUUUUGCUGUCGGAAUGCGUACGGAACGCCGGAUAAGUGCAAACGAACUACGUACUCUAUGUUGUUUAAAGAAGCAUGUCCCAGUUAUUACAGUUAUGCCUAUGACGCACCUCCUCCUUUGGUCUCUUGCGCUGCCAAAGAAUAUAUUAUCACGUUUUGUCCGUCAAGUUGGGGUCACAGUUCCACGUAAAAAAAAUCUCCAAAAGAAUACUAUACGAAGAUACUCUAUGUAUUUACUUACAACACAAGAAGUAUGUAUUUGAUUUAGUAUAAAUUAUGAUUUUUGCUAACCAGUAUAAAGUAUGAUUAUGAACGGAUUAUAUGUAUUUCCUGGGCAUAUUAACGGAAUGUGAAAUGUGAGAUGUACCGUUAGAUAAUAUUUUCGGAAAUGGUGAUGGUCGUGCAAUGUAAAAUUAAAUCAGGCAAUUACAAAAAUCAUUUACUAA